GAUUUUUCAAAGAUUUAUUCAAGGAACCCGGCGGUAGAUAUACUUUUGUUUUGAAGUGAUGAAAUGUGUGCUCGAAUUAGUGUAAAAUUUGUGACCGUAGCGUUUGAUUCGGAAUUUGUCUUUCAUUUAUUGAUGGCAAGAUUUCAUGUCGAUUGUAUUAUAUUGGGAAUAAUUUCUAGCGAAUUCAUGCACGUGGGUUAGAUUUCUAGCUUCUGGGAAACAGCGAUCAGUUAAGUUUAGAAAAUAACUUUACAACCACGUGUACUUUAAGGCCGGUCCUGAUGAGCUCAGGCUUGUAAUCUGCGGUGUGCACUAUCAUAAAGCACCAUUUCCGCUCGCAGCAGAAUGCUAACUCACAUGACUCAACUCUCAUAGACUUCAUGGCCUUGGGUGGCUUGGUUAAGGCGCAAAAGCUCUUAAAGAAAAUUGGUAUUGAAGGGGUAAAGUUAAGUGAAUAUGAACUCACAGUAGCAGCAGAUAUUGUGGAUCCUUUAAUUCUACCAAUCACAUGGAAGGACAUUGGAGGUCUUCAAGAAACAAUUGAGGAAAUCAAGGAAUCAGUUAUUUUCCCAAUACAACAAAGGGAUAUUUUCAAAAAUUCUUCUCUUCUUAGUGCUCCUAAAGGUGUUUUAUUACAUGGUCCUCCAGGAUGUGGAAAAACAAUGAUAGCCAAGGCAACUGCAAAAGAAGCAGGUUGUCGAUUUAUCAACCUUCAAGUGUCCUCUUUGACUGACAAAUGGUAUGGAGAAUCACAGAAACUCGCUGCCGCUGUCUUUUCACUGGCUGUCAAACUACAACCUUGUAUUAUAUUUAUUGAUGAGAUAGACUCCUUUCUUAGGAUGCGUGACAAGAGUGAUCACGAGGCCACAGCAAUGAUGAAGGCACAGUUUAUGAGCCUGUGGGAUGGACUGAUGACUGAUUCAACCUCUCAAGUUAUCGUCAUGGGUGCAACUAACAGACCUCAAGAUGUUGAUAAAGCCAUUUUGAGAAGGAUGCCGUGUUCUUUUCGUGUUGGAUUGCCAGAUGCAGAACAGAGGAAAGAUAUAUUAAAGAUUAUUCUCAAGAAAGAAAAGCUUAAGGAUGAUGUGGAUUAUGACGAAUUAGCCUUACUAACGGAAGGAUACUCUGGAAGUGGCUUGAAAGAAAUAUGCCGAGUUGCCGCUAUGUCUUGUGUAAGAGAUUAUGUGAAACAAAAGAACGACCCCCAAUCGUCGGACAGCGUACGGAAUGAAAAUGGCCAACCACAUCUUCGGCCAAUCAAAAUGGGUGAUCUUUUAGUUGCCAUUGAAAAAUGCAAACCAAGUGCAACUUUGCAGAGCUGACCACAGCUUCCUUCCUCAUUUAGCUGUUAGGAAAAAAAUGGCCACAUUGAAGAAAAAGCCGGUCGUGGGGCACAGAAAAGAGGACUGUGCAAGUCUUAGCAGAGAAAAUAAUAUUUUGUUGAGGAAUAUUGUCAAUUCCGAAUUUGGAAAGGAUGCAACAAGUAUCUUGAACUUACGCUGUCUAUACAGCAUAGAUCUCUUUUUUUUUUUUUUUUUUGCUCAACCAAAGCCAGGCAUGUUAAGGAGUUUGUAAAGUUUGAGUUGAAGAAUUUUGUCGAUUCCUUAUGCGAAAAGUGUAUAAAAUCUAUUCUGAACUUUCGCUGUCUGUGUAACAAAGAUCUCGGGUUUUUUUUAUAACAAAAGUCGGUCCAGGGGUUCCAACGAAUUUUGCAAGUUGCAGUUGUAGAAUUUUUAUGCGAAAAGCAUCCACAAACUAUUCUGACCUUUCGCUGUCUACCUGCAAACUUAUCGUUGUUGUUGGUGUUUUUCUAUUUGUUUGUUGUUUUUUUUAAAUGAGAACUAUAAGCUCCGUCCUGUUCGUCCGUGAUUAAUUUUGUUCGGGCAUUUCCAAGGAGGCCUGAGUUUCGAAUCCCCUUCAAUGCUUUAAAGUGCAAACGUUAGGUUAAGUUUACCACAUGUAAACCGCAAGAACUAACUGAAAGGCCUGUAAGAACUCCGUGUGGGCGGAAGAACAUUGCUCAUGUGCAUUGUUACACGUGCCUUUCACGCACUUUCGAAAUUUUUGUGAAAUAAAUGUGUUGAAUCGCACGAAGAUUAGAUUUGUCCUUUAAAUGUGCUUAGAUGAUAA